AAAGAUGCUCUAACAGGAAGCGGGUUUGGGGCGCUGCACUGCUUCCUGCCCUCCCAGGCCUGAGCAGGCGAGAGGGGCAAGCGCCAGGUCGGCCACGAGACGCAGCUUCGUGCCACGGUCCCGAGCUUCCUCCUGCCAGCCACUUCCGGAGGGCGGCCGGAGCCCCGGAGGCAGGAGCUGCUGCCUAUUGCCCAGACCACCCUCCACCCCUAGUUCGGAGCCCUGCCCCCGGGGGCUGGGCCAAGCCCAGAGGCUGGCUUGGGAUUUCAUGGGGGACCGGUAGGCCAAAGGUUCUGGGACAGAGGGCUGGACCAGAGGCCCGGGUCCGCCAUGAAGGCGCGGCAGAAAGGAAAGAAGAAGGGCAGCUGGAAGGAGCGGGUGUUUGGGUGUGACCUUCAGGAGCACCUGCAGCACUCAGGCCAGGAGGUGCCCCAGGUGCUCAGGAGCUGUGCAGAGUUUGUGGAGGAGUACGGAGUGGUGGAUGGGAUCUACCGCCUCUCGGGGGUCUCCUCCAACAUCCAGAAGCUCCGGAGUUCGAGGCAGAGCGGAAGCCAGACCUGCGGCGUGAGGUGUACCUGCAGGACAUCCACUGCGUGUCCUCCCUGUGCAAGGCCUACUUCAGAGAACUGCCGGACCCCCUGCUCACCUACCGGCUCUAUGACAAGUUUGCUGAGGCCGUGGCGGUGCAACUGGAGCCCGAGCGCUUGGUCAAGAUCCUAGAGGUGCUUCGAGAACUCCCUGUCCCCAACUACAGGACCCUGGAAUUCCUCAUGCGCCACUUGGUACAUAUGGCCUCGUUCAGUGCCCAGACCAACAUGCAUGCCCGCAACCUGGCCAUCGUGUGGGCCCCCAACCUGCUGAGGUCUAAGGACAUAGAGGCCUCAGGCUUCAACGGGACAGCAGCCUUCAUGGAGGUGCGGGUGCAGUCCAUCGUGGUGGAGUUCAUCCUCACGCAUGUGGACCGGCUCUUCGGGGGUGCUGCCCUCUAUGGUGGUGAGCUGGAGAGUGGAUGGCGAUCGCUCCCAGGGGUCCGGAUAUCGGGCAACACGGAGGACCUUAUGCCAAGAUCCCUGCCCUACCACCUGCCUAGUGUCCUACAGGCUGGCGAUGGACCCCCCCAGAUUCGGCCCUAUCACACCAUCAUUGAGAUCACAGAGCACAGGAGGAAAGGGUCUCUGAAGGUCAGGAAAUGGAGAUCUAUCUUCAAUCUGGGUCGCUCUGGCCAUGAGACCAAGCGUAAAUUCCCACGGGGGGCUGAGGACAGAGAGGACAAGUCCGAUAAGGGGACACUGCGGCCAGCCAAGAGCAUGGACUCACUGAGUGCUGCAGCGGGGGCCAGUGACGAGCCAGAGGGAUUGCUGGCACCCAGCAGCCCCCGGCCAAGUCCACUGAUGCCUGAGAGCUUGGAGAAUGAUUCUGUGGAGGCAGCAGAGGGUGAACCAGAGCCAGAGGCAGGGGCCCCAGGCAGCACGAACUCUGAGCCAGGAACACCACGAGCAGGGCGGUCAGCAAUCCGUGCUGGGGGUGGCAACCGAGCAGAGCGCUGCGCUGGUGUCCACAUCUCAGACCCAUACAACGUCAACCUCCCACUACAUAUCACCUCUAUUCUCAACGUGCCGCCAAACAUCAUCUCCAACGUCUCCUUGGCCAGGCUCACCCGUGGCCUGGAGUGCCCUGCCCUACAGCCCCGACCAAGCCCUGCCUCCGGCCCUGGCCCUGGUCCCGGUCCCGGUCCCCCAGAUGAGAAGUCGGAGGAAAGUCCAGCUCCAGGCUCACUGGCUGACUCAGGCCCAGCGGAUGUGGCCUCUGCCCUGGAGGACUGCCUGUCCCAGGAGGUGCAGGAUUCCUUCUCUUUCCUAGAGGACUCAAGCAGCUCAGAGCCCGAGUGGGUGGGGGCAGAGGAUGGGGAGGUGGCCAAGGCAGGAGCAGCAGGAGCAGCCUUCUCCCCUGGGGAGGACGACCCUGGGAUAGGCUACCUGGAGGAGCUCCUGGGAGUUGGGCCUCAGGUGGAGGAGUUCUCAGUGGAGCCACCCCUGGAUGACCUGUCUCUGGAUGAGGCACAGUUUGUCCUGGCUCCCAGCUGCUGUUCCCCAGAGUCUGCUGUCCCCAUGCCUGAAGCAGAGGAGGAAUAUGGGGAAGAAGUCUUCCUGAGCGCCUACGAUGACCUAAGUCCUCUUAGCCCCAGGCUCUUGGCCGGGGAGGGUCCAGGCAGUCUGGAGGAAGAGGCAGCAGGAUGUGGAGGACAGGAUCCAGGACAGGCUGAGGGGGUGCAGGCAUGCUGGGAAGUUGAGGAGGACAAGGUGGCUGAGCCUGGUAGCAGAUGGGACAUCAGGGAGGAGGCUGAGGGGAGUUUAGAGAGCAAGGCGGAGGCUGGAGAGGCAGGUGAGGAAGGUAGAGAGGCUGGGGUAAGCCAAGAGAUGAUGGUAGGUUUGAGAGAAGGGAAUGGGGAAGAGACAGUGGCCAAAGAAGAGGAGUCUAAAGGUCAGCAGAAGGAUGACAAUAUGGAGGAAGAUAAGGGUGUGGAGAAAACAGGAGCAGAGCAGUGUGAAGACAAGAAGAAAAUAAAGACUGAAAGACAGGAAGAGGCUGAGGAAGGAGAAGCCCGGGUAGAAGCUGGAAGGGACCUAGAGCGUGGUGUCCAGGAAAAGCACGCUGCUGAGGAGAGCUGGGAAGUACACAUACCAGAGGCUGAGGGAGGCAGAGAGGAUGAGGAUAAAGUCAAACGACAGAGGGAGAACAGAGACCAAGAGGCAAGAGAAUACCAAGGAGACGGUGAAGACGGAAGAGCAGAAGCAGCCGCUGGAGGAGAAGCGGGGGAAGUCAGCAAGGCAAGGGGAAGUGGGGAUGGAGAAGCGGAGGGAGAGCAGAGGGGUGGAGGUGACCAUUUAGCAGGGGGAUUCCUCCUAGAAGGGUCAUAUGUAGUGUCCCUGGAGGUGGACAGUGCCAAAGGGAGCAAUAACCAGUCCUCUGAGACAGAACAGGCAGCCCCACAGCCACCCCCGCCAGAGGAGAUGGAGUCUGAGGGGCAGCCCAGUCUAGAGGGCUGCAAUUUGUGCCCCUGUCCCCUUAGCUCAGCUGGUGGUGUGGGCAUGCGCCUGGCCUCCACCUUGGUUCAGGUCCAACAGGUCCGCUCUGUGCCAGUGGUGCCCCCUAAGCCACAGUUUGCCAAGAUGCCCAGUGCAAUGUGUAGCAAGAUCCAUGUUGCACCUGCAAACCCAUGUCCACGGCCUGGCCGGCUUGAUGGGACUCCUGGGGAAAGGGCUUGGGGGGCCCGAGCCGCCCGCUCCUCUUGGAGGAAUGGGGGCAGUCUUUCCUUUGAUGCUGCUGUGGCCCUGGCCAGGGACCGUCAGAGAACUGAGGCUCAGGGAGUUCGGCGGACCCAGACCUGUACUGGGGGCGAGGACUAUAGCCUCAUCCGCAGAACCUCUCCCUGUAGCAUGAUCCCUGCCCUUUCCCCCCGGCCACUCAGCUGUCUAGAGCUCCCACCUGAAGGCACAGAAGGGUCUGAACCACGGAGUCGGUUCAGUCUGCCCCCCAGAGAACCCCAGCCCCCUGACCCCCUUAUGCCUCCACAGCGCCGAACCUAUGCAUUUGAAACACAGGCUACCCCUGGAAAAGGUGAGGGACUAUGAUUAGGACCAGAGCACUGGGCAAAGGGGACAGUAAGUUGUCUCCCAUCUCUGGGGUCCCUGACUAGCUGUGUCUUCUGCAGCCAGAGCAGCUGUAGUGUCCAACUCCACAGGCUCUGGCCCUCCAGCUUCUUUCUGACUGUGGGAAGCCCUGUCUUGGUUGGUUUACCUGAACUUGUUUCAGACACAAAACACUUAUCCCCUAGGAGAUUCCCAAGAAAGCCACCAAGAGCCUGUUCCUAGGGAGUGAGGUCAUUGGCCAAGGGAACAAAGAGUAGGCAGGAAACUUAGAGAUUCCUCAACGUGAAGAAUGAAGGGGAACUCCGGCCAAGUGUCUGUCCUCCUCGGAGGCUGUGGACUUCUCUUCUGGAAGCCCCCAGGGUGGAGGGGGGCCAGGGCCAGGUGGGGGCCUAUCACACUCAAGCACUCCUGGAGGCGCCCGUCCUCGUGCUGUUCUCGGGCCCUCAUCUACCUCCUGGCCCAGGUCGAGUCACAGGCCCUGAAGCACUUUGUGACCUCGGUGUUGGUUGGAGGAACUGGCUCCCUUUCCAGCUCCUCCACCCGCGGCCUCCCACCACCUCAAGGAAGACGGGUCCCCGACACAUCUCUCUUGCUUCUUGUUCCCUUCGGAGCGCCUUCCUCGUCUUUCAGGAAGGAGAAUGGCGUCGCUCAGGCCGUGGGCGGCUCUGCGGACAGUAAAGCUGUGUUUUCACACGGAAACAGUGUGCAGUUGCAUUGUUCUCAUUCAAGGCUUGGGUGGCCGGCAUCAGAGCGCCACGUCGGGCUUUCUGCGGUCCGGCGCUCGUCCCCCGUGGUGGUCAUGGAGACCUGCGGCCAGAAACCGGAGCUGGGUCGGGAAAUGGGGACGAGAAACGUCC